GUCACAUGAUUUUGUUUGUUCCCGUGACCUAAACUCGUGAUCACUACAUCGCGAAAUUUAAAUGCCCGGCUUCUCUGCAAGCUCUGCAGAUGGACGUCAGCCUCAAUGAAGUUAUUGACAUUCCUGAAAAAGACCAGGAUGAACUAGUGGAAGAAACAGCACCCACUCUUGAAACAGAGGACGAACAAUCUAGUAUGCCUGAAAGUGUAAAUACAACACAAUCUGGUAGCGGUGGAGGAUUUCAUUAUCAAAUACGCAAUCCAGAUAAUGGACAGGUAACAUAUAGAGUUGUUCAAGUGGGCGGAGAUGAAAAUAAUCAGCAAGCAACAUUAAGUAUAGUCACUACAAAUGGAAUAUUAAAUCAACUAUCACAGGAUGAAGGUAGUGGAGGUGGAUCACCACAAGAGCAGGUGGCAAUCGUUGCAAACCCUUUCAACAAUGAUUCUGGGAAUGAAUCGGCUGCAAACACAGCAUCUAGUAACGCUACGCCUGGAUCACAAAGGUUUGCAUAUUUUGCUGCAUCUAAUACAUCUACAGAUCUAUCUUCACCUACUUCUACUGGAUCAACAACAGCUGGACAAACAGAACAGCAAUUGCUUUCAAGUGGUCAAUUCUAUGUGAUGAUGUCACCUCAAGAAGUGUUGCAAAGCAGUACGACCGGCACCCCUCAGAGAGCUAUUCUUGGAAGAACAUCCUUCCAAGCACGAACAGAUGACACUAGAAAUACGAGAGAUGAUUCACGAAGAGUUCAACAUAAUGAGGUCGAGCGGCGGAGAAGAGAUAAAAUUAAUACAUGGAUUUUAAAACUAGGGACUAUUAUACCAGACUGUGCCAAUGAUCAUACAAAACAGGGUCAGGUACGUAAUAGCAAGGGUGGAAUCUUGGCUAAAGCUUUUGAUUACAUUGUUGACUUGCAACAUGCUAAUAGUCAAUUAUCGGAAAGUUUGAAAGACUGCGAGCAACUCCAACUCAACUAUGAAAUGUGUAGGCAGCAGUUGGAAGACUCAAAGCAAAAAGUUCAGUUGUUAACACAGACAUUGCAAGCUCAUCAAAUUGAUUUUCCUACAUCGCAGGCACAACCGUAGUAGUCUGUGAUACGAAGCCGAAAGUUCUUAUGCUUGUUUUGAAUUUUUUAAAAUCGAUUCCAGAAGUAAGACCUGUCCUGAUUCUUGACUACAAGAAGUGAAAUAAUUACAGGCUUCUAGUCAAACUGUACUGCUCCAAUUACUAGUAUGUAUUAAGACAUUGGUUAUUUUAGUUACGCAUGCUUCUCAGUGUGAUUUCUACCUAUUUAAAUAAAUGUAUGUAUUCUAUUUAUCAUGACAGCAAUUGUUGUUCCAUGUUUUUGAAAAUCAUUCCUGUUUUGAUGUUGUCAUUUUCUGUCGGAAGGAUUUAAAAAUUAUUCAUUCCAUGUCUUGUGGCAACAAAAUUGAUUAACGGAUUCUUUUCAUGAACUCACAUUUUGUGGACUCCCCUUCUCUAUACCAGAUGACAGUCGACUUGAAUUGUUUGAGUCAUGUGUCGACCCACAAUUGCUGAUGUCUUUAUUAUAUGUAGUUCUUAGUUCUUUUUUUGACAGCUCGCAACCUUCUUAUGACCAAACUUUUAUAAUAUUUGUGAUAUGACUUCAGUUAAAGAAAGAAUUUGUAGAUCCAUCAUUGCUAGGGAAGUGAAACACUACCACCUGCUAGCAUGUCUCUUGCACUGGUAGAAAUAGUAAUCUUAGGGUCUCAUUUAUAUGAAUUUUCCGUUCCUGACAAAUCAGGUACUUGAUUUAUCACAUUCAAAAUUCGUCAAAUCGAGUUCACUACCGGCAGAAUUGCACAGAAUUACAUAAAUUAAAAUCACAGCCAUCCGAUUUUGGCUAGCUGUUACUGUUGCUGCAGUUCUGAUCUUUGCUGCCAUUUUUUUCAUUUUCUUUUCAAUAUAACUUUUUAUAUUAUGAAUGUUCUCUUGAAGUUCUGUGAUUGUCUAUUUAUAUUUUAUCUUGUGAUCAAUUGAAGAAUUUUCCGCUGAAUAGUCUAUUUGUAAUAAAUGAUCUAACUUGCA